AGUUUGUUUGAUUGCAUUUUGUUCUUAAUCUUCAUUUCACUCUCACAGAUGAAACUUUGAGAGUUAUUUUGUUGUUUUUAUUGAUAGAUGAAACUUUAUCUUCUUCACUGCAAAUACUUUUAGGUCUAUAGUUUAGUUCAGCAAAGAAAAUGGAUAUUCUCUUUAUGCUCUUCAUUUUCAUAGCAGCUCCAUUUCUCCUUAUCUUCACAUCACUUCUGUGGCUGAUACUCAAAAUCUACACAGGCAAAUCCAUCAAAAACCCUAACUACGCACCUGUAUACGGUACAGUAUUUCACCAGCUCUUUUACUUCAACAGACUCUAUGACUACCAAACUCAAGUGGCCAAAAAACAGAGGACCUUUCGGCUUCUUAGUCCUGAGGGGAGCGAAUUUUACACGACUGAUACCAGAAACAUCGAGCAUGUGUUAAAAACGAAUUUCGAUAAAUAUUCCAAAGGUAAGCGUAAUCAAGACAUAUUGACUGAUCUUUUCGGAGAAGGUAUAUUCGUUGUUGAUGGUGAUAAGUGGAGGCAACAGAGAAAGCUUGCUAGCUUUGAGUUCUCCGCAAGGAUUCUUAGAGAUUUUAGCUGUUCUGUUUUCAGAAGAAACGCUGCUAAACUGGUUAGACUCAUCUCCAAGAUUGCAAAUACAGAUAGAGUUUUUGAUAUGCAAGAUAUUCUAAUGAGAUGCACUUUGGAUUCCAUCUUUAAAGUUGGAUUUGGGGUGGAAUUGGAUUGUUUGGAGGGUUCAAGCAGAGAAGGAACUGCUUUUAUGAAAGCAUUUGAUGAGUCAAAUGCCUUGGUGUAUUGGCGUUAUGUGGAUCCAUUUUGGAAACUGAAAAGGUAUUUCAAUAUUGGAAGUGAGGCUUCACUCAAGAAGAAUAUCGAAACCAUUGACGAUUUUGUAAGUAACCUUGUCAGAACAAGAAGAAAGCUGCUUGCUGAGCAAAGGUAUCAGAGUUUCAAGGAGGAUAUAUUGUCGAGGUUUUUGGCGGAGAGCGAAAAGGAUCCAGAGAAGAUGAAUGAUAAAUACCUGAGAGAUAUUAUUCUGAAUUUUAUGAUUGCUGGUAAAGAUACAAGUGCGAACACUCUGUCUUGGUUCUUUUAUAUGCUUUGCAAGAACCCUUUAGUCCAAGAAAAAGUUGCACAAGAAGUAAGAGAGGUCAUGGGCAGCAAUCAUGGUGAUAACUGUAGUGAAGUUGAAGAUUUCAUGGCAAAAAUAACCGAUUCAGCACUUGAGCAAAUGCAUUAUCUUCAUGCAUCAUUGACAGAGACUUUGAGGCUAUACCCUGCAGUUCCUGUGGAUGGGAGAUGUGCAGAAAUGGAUGAUGUUCUUCCAGAUGGGAAUAGAAUGGAAAAAGGAGAUGGAUUAUACUAUAUGGCCUAUGCUAUGGGCAGGAUGCCUUAUAUAUGGGGAGAGGAUGCUGAAGAUUUUCGCCCAGAAAGAUGGCUUAACAAUGGCGUUUUCCAACCUGAAUCCCCAUUCAAAUUUGUUGCGUUUCAUGCUGGUCCUCGGAUCUGUCUGGGAAAAGACUUCGCUUACCGGCAAAUGAAGAUAGUAUCAAUGGCUCUUCUUCGAUUCUUCCGCUUCAAAUUGGCUGAUGACUCGAGAAAAGUAACUUACAAGACUAUGUUCACACUCCACAUUCAAGAUGGUCUCCACCUUUGUGCAAUUCCCAGGAGGACAAGCUUGUGAAUUCUAAAUGUGUCAACCAAAAUAUUUGCAGAUUAUCAAAUAAAAAUCUAAGGUUCAGAUAUUCAAUUAUGUAAAAAUUUUCAAAGGUAUUAUGAACUUAAACUGCUUAAUGUUUUCCAUCUUC